AUGGUUACCAACCCUCUGGCAAGGGCGAAUGGUCGGAGACUGAACGUACUGUCAAAGAUCGCAUCAACUUGCGGUUUCAUCCUGUUCGGCUAUGACAAUGCCCUGUUCUCCGGACUCAUCAUCAGUCCAUGGUUUCUGGACAAACUCCAACAUCCCGAUCCAAGUCUUCUUGGGACUAUCAGCGCUACAUAUAAUCUAGGAGGGUUUGCUGGCGGCGUGAUUGCGUUCUGCGUUGGCAGCCGACCAGGGCGAAGGAGCACCAUUUUGACGGGCAUUGCAAUCACUACCAUCGGCGCGAUACCUUUUACAGCUGCCACGAGUAUCGCGCAACUCGCGGCCGGACGAACAGUAUGUGGCGUGGGCGUGGGCAUCAUGUCGUCGACGGUCGGUCUUUGGCAAGCUGAAACAACGCCAGCAGCCAAGCGUGGAGCAUUUCUUGUUGGCCAACUUCUGUAUGGCGCGACGCCGGGCCUCUUCCUUGCACAAUGGAUCAACCAUGGAUUCUAUGCGCAUACUGGACGAGUUGCCUUCGCGUUCCCGGUCGCCUUUCAGCUUGUGUUCCUUGCGGUCGCAACGGUGCUUGUCGUUGGUCUGCCAGAGUCGCCUAGAUGGUUGGUCAAGCAGAUCGUUGAGGUUGAUGACCUGGAGAAGCGAGCAAAAGGAGGCUGGGUCCAGGCAUUGCUCAAGAAUGGUCACACUGAGAACUUCCGUCGUCUAUGCUUGGCCAUAGGCGUGAUGAUCGCCCAUCAGUUGACUGGGGUGAACUCCAUAACGUACUAUCUGCCAAGACUGCUGCAGCGAUUCAUCGGUGCUUCGAGGCAAGAAGUGCUGUGGAUUGCAGGUCUCAGCUCUGUCGACUCGGCAACAGCAACCCUCGUGGCCAUCUCCACAGUCGAUAGAAUUGGUCGGAAGCCUUUCAUGCUCUGGCUAGGCCAGUCAUGGGCGUAUCCUGCAGAAUUUCUGCCACUCCAGAUCGGCGAGAAGGGCCUUGCCCUGGGCAACUGCUUCUACUGGCUGUUCCAGUUCAUGAUGGUAGAGACCACGCCGAUUGCGAUCGAGAACAUCUAUCACAAGUUCUAUGUCAUCUUGGCGGUCUUCAACAUCUGCAUUGCCAUUGUGAUCCGGCUAGCCUAUCCAGAGACAGCGUUGCUGAGUCUGGAGGAUAUUGACCUGUUCUUUGUUGAGAAGUAUCGGAGAGAUGGAGUCGAUGCUGUCGCUGUCGCUGUCGCUGGGAAUGCAGGAGGGAGGGACAACCUUAGAAGGAAGGUGUCUGAAAUCGCGUCGCCAGCAUUUCGGAACAUUCCAAACUCUAAUAAAACGCGACAUUCCACCUACAUGUAA